AGAUGCUUCGCGUUGUCUCUACAACCCUUCCGUUCGCAUCCCCCGGCACAGCGCAGCGGCCAGCGCACAACGCGGAAUACUCUCUCCCGGACUCCCGCUCUCUCGCCUGAUUGCCUCCCUCUCUCCUUCACAGUCACACCACACGAGACCACCCAGACACCCAGAGAGCUACCCUAUCUGCACCAUCUCGCCAUGGCGGAUCCGAGUCGCGCCGCUUGAUGAAGCACCGCAACCACAGCCCAACCCAUGGCAGGCGUCAAGAGAUCCCUCGGCGCCAUGCUCGGCCACGAGGAUAUGCUCGCGCGAACUCCUCCGCCGCCGCUCGCCCACUCGCGCUCGCAGUCGCAGUCGCAGUCUCAUAGCCAGAUGAGCAGCAGGAGCAGCAGCAUCAGUAGCAACAGCCAGGCGCAGACCCAACCCCAGAUCACUCUGACACCCCCGCGGGGGCCGCUUGGUGCGUCGCGGCCGGAACCCCAUGAUGCCCUCACCCGCCCGUCCUCUCCAACACUCCCUCCGUUGACGGGGGAGGUCCCCGAGUUCAGCUCGGAUGCGUCCAUGCUCCUCGCCGGCGUCCGAGGUGCUGGCAAAUCCACACUCGCAAUCAUGGCGUCCCAGGCCAUGAACCGAAAAGUCAUCGACCUAGAGACCGUCUUCCAACGUGCCACUGGCUUCUCCAGUGCCGGCUACAAGUCCAAGCACGGCUCACCUGAGUGUUACAAGCAGCAGGCCAAGGUUCUCCAGAGCACUCUCGACCGCCACCACACUGGCUGCAUCCUCGUUUGUUCUUGGAUGGAGAGCCGCGUCCAGAGCCUGCUCCGAGAAUUUGCAGCCACCAACCCCGUCAUCCACGUCGUGCGUGAUGCCGAUGCAAUCCAGCAGCACCUCAGGAUCAACGACGCAGGCAAGAUCCGAAACCUGCUCAACGUUAGCAGUGCCAUUUUCAGGACUUGCACCAACUUCGAGUUCUUCAAUGGCUCAGAGAAGCGUGCCAAGUCUCCAGAAAACUCCACCGCCAGGCUGUCACUCCUACAAAGAACCCCCACUCCAUACCUGACAUUGAAGUAUGUCGAAAGACAUUUACUCAAAUUCUUGUCAUUGAUUUAUCCGUCGGGCACGAUCCCGUUUAUCGAAUCUGCCUUCCCCCUAGCUCGAAUCCCUACCGAGGAGCGCCGCUUCACUUAUGCCAUGUCAGUCCCGUUAUCCGACGUCUUGAACGAAAGCGUCGACAUCGAAGAGCAUGUGACUGGCGCAGAUGUUAUCCAAAUCGUUGUGCAUGAUCUUGCCGAGCACCUUGAGGAACAUCCCGGCUCGGCUAUACCAACAAACGAACUCAGCGCCAAGUUGGCGGGUGAUAUUACAAGGGGCGUCGGAAGGGUCAGGAGAAGCACGAUCCUCCCCAUCAUCAUCCACAUAUUCCUUCCUCACAUGGCUAGCGAAGAUGUAGUUCGGGUGUACCUCGACCUCAUCCACCACGCUGUUCGACUCGCUCCAGAAAUGAUGACGGUCGACCUGAGGUUAGACAAUCAUCACAUAUCUCAAAUAUUGGUCGCUCGAAAACGAACCAAGAUCAUCGGAAACUGUUUCAUCGUUACAGAUCCCCCACCCUGGGAAUCUUCAGUCUGGAUAUCCUAUUACACCAAAGCCAACCGUCUGGGGUGCCACCUUGCUCGGCUGAUCCGUCCGGCAACGUGCAUCGAGGACAACUUUAGCAUUGCACACCUGAGGUGUGCCGUCGCCGCAAUGGAAGAGCCCAAGAUACCCCUAAUAGCGUACAACUCUGGGCCGUUGGGUCGCAAUUCGGCUUCCUUCAACAGUAUCCUAACUGUUGUCCGGCCAGAAUCCCUUGCAAGGGUUAACCCAAAGCCCCCAAUCACGCCAUGCGUUACGGCCCUCGGAGCAACUGAGGCUUUGUUUUCGUCAUUUAUCUACGACAAAAUGAAGCUCUACGUAUUCGGCGCCAACGUGGACUACAGUCUGUCUCCGGCCAUGCAUACCUCUGCACUGAACGCGUGUGGAAUCCCACAUCGCUAUCAACCCUUCUCCGCAUCCACACUUCGUGGCAUCAAACACCUCCUCGAAGAUCCCAACUUUGGAGGUGCCUCGGUCGGCCUUCCUUUCAAAGUCGAGGUAAUAACAUUGACACACACCCUAAGCAGUCAUGCUCGAGCAAUCGGGGCUGUGAAUACCCUAAUUCCAAUUCGUCACCUAAACCCUGACGGCUCAGUUCCGAUGGGAGCAGGGUUCUUCUACGGCACCAACAGAGCAGGUCCAAUCAAGGCUCUCUACGGAGAAAAUACGGACUGGGUCGGCAUCAGAGCUUGCAUUCGUCGCGGUCUCUCUCCCGCCAACGCUGUUGUGUCAAGCAGCUCUGGGUUGGUCAUUGGCGCUGGAGGCAUGGCGCGUGCCACAGUGUAUGCAAUGCUCCAGAUUGGCAUGAAGAACGUGGUUGUUUACAACCGUACCCUCAAAAAUGCGGAGAAAAUGGUGUCUCACUUUACCCAGCUUCUUCAGAAGAAAGACUUCAAGUUGUUUAGCGCCGGAUCUGAGCCCGCGCGCUUCCACAUCGUUGAAUCACUGGACGAGCCCUGGCCGGAAGAUUUCCGAUUACCUACGGUCAUUGUUUCGUGUAUCCCGACGCACCGGAUUGGCGAUAUGCCCGCUCCUGACUUUACGGUUCCAGAGCCAUGGCUCGGCAAUCGUACUGGAGGCGUCGUGAUCGAACUGGCAUACAAGACGCUCAACACACCCCUGCUCGAGCAGAUUAGAAACGAGUCGGCAAGAGGCUGGGUGGCAAUGGACGGACUAGAUCUACUCCCUGAGCAAGGCUUCGCUCAGUUUGAACUGUUCACUGGCAGGCGGGCACCAAGAAGGCUAAUGAGAAGGGAGGUCUUUCAUGCGUACCCAGAUGAGGAGGGCAAGUCCAAUCUUGAGGAACUGCAGCCACGCUUGCAGCUCCUCGACGAGCAAGAAGCAUAACAAGCGAAAGAAUAAAACGAAGGGUUUCGAGACCCAAUUCUGGACGAGACACUUGGCGCAUGUACUUGGCUUAGCGUAAUGAGGCGUUGGUGGAUGUUGUUGAACUGCAUGUAAAUACGGGCAAGUAGAGCCGCACUUAGUGUGCAUGAUUACUUUUUGAGGCUUCACUAUGAUCUCCCGUCCAUACUUCUCCAUGUCUGCGUAGUACUCAACUUAGGGAUCAGCAUGUACUACACGUCCCACCGCUAGCUUUAACAGGAGAGAGACGAGGGAGAAGGGUGCAGAACAUGAACUAAGCAGGAAAGCGACGGCUACUGUCUGAA